AUGCGAGGUGAAAUGUGCGAAGACUUGAAAUCCUCAGCUCAGAAUGAAGAACCGGUAUCCGUGGAAAAGCAACAGGAAAUCAUGUUGAUGAACAAACUCGCUUCAGGUGGCCGACUUCCACCAAAAACACAGAGCAGCUUCUUGCAAAAGAAACUACAACAAAGAGUAAGUAUUUUGCUUUGUUUUUGGUAUUUUAGGUAUGAAAAGAUGAUGGAUUUUGAGGUUUUUUGAUGAAGCGAUUUUUGGGUAGCUUAGAUUUAAAUGUUUGAAAAGUUUCGUUUAAAGAAUUUGCUAAAAAACUGUUUUGUUAAAGGAAUAUUGAGUUAGAUGUGGGGUAACCUAUGAAGGUUGAAAACAAGGCUAUAUUGCUUUCGAUUAAAGUUCUUUUGUAAAAUACGUCUUCAGGCUUUAUUGUCUCAUAUAAAUCUUUCAGAAAUUCUUCGACUCCGGCGACUACGCCAUGAAUCAAGACAAAGAAAAGAAGCAUCAACGUCAGCCGUUCGCGAAGACGAUCGCCGAGGGGAAACCCCUCCCAACGCCGGUGGUGGCACCAGUAACUCCAGUGAAAAGCGCACCAAAAGAGGAGGUACGAAUUGCUCCACCUCCACUAACUUCAGAGCCAUCGCAGCAAGGCGAAUCCGGGUCCGACGAAGAGGAACAUCUUCAGAUUCCACGACCCGAAAACGUGCCACAACGCAAAGCCUCGAUCUUGCACCCGUCCGUGCACUCCAAGCUCAGCCCCCAGCCCCAUAUUCAUCAUGAACAUAACGACGACCUGUCUUCCUAA